AUGGCCGCGUCAGCCAAAUCGCUUCAGCUGCCACCGUCGGACCUCGCCGUGCAGCAGGACCACUAUCUCUGCCCCGGCGACGUUGGCCGUGGUGAUUCGGCGGAACUGCCGUUGCCUUCGCGAUCGUUGAUGCCCGGCGAGGUGGGCGAGAACGCGGACCUGUUCAGGCAGUUCAUGGCCCUGGACAAGGAGCUCUCCAUGCUGGAGUGCGAGGAGGAGGACCUACGGGUCGAGAUCGCCAACCUGCUGUCCGUGGUUCGCCUCAUGGAGGCAGUGCACGAUUCCCACUACGAGACCAAGUGCGGCGGCGCCCUCAUCGUCGGCCGCGUCGUCGAGGUGCUUGACGAGGGGCGCCACGCCGUCGUGACCACUAGCGUCAGGCCCUUCGCCUUCUGCGUGCCCGUCCUCGGCGACGUGGACCGCGCGCUCCUCAAGCCAUCGGCGAACGUCGCCCUGUCCAGGUCGACCCUCGCGGUCGUCCAAGUGCUGCCGGCGGACUCCGGCUGGACUGUGCCCCUCGUCAAGGCCACCGAGAGGCCGAGCGUCACCUACGCGGACGUGGUCGGGUGCGACGAGCAGAAGCGGGAGCUCCUCGAGGCCGUCGAGCUUCCGCUGACGCACCCGGAGCUGUUCGCCCGCGCCGGCCUUGAUGCGCCGCGCGGCGUGCUCCUGCACGGCCCCCCGGGCACCGGCAAGACCAUGCUGGCCAAAGCCGUCGCGCAUCACACCUCGGCGGCAUUCAUCCGCGUGAGCGGCUCGGAGUUCGUGAACACGCACUCGGGCGAGGGGCCCAGGAUGGUGCGCGAGGUGUUCCAGGCCGCCCGGGAGAACGCGCCGGCCAUCAUCUUCUUCGACGAGGUGGACGCCAUCGCGGCGGCCCGGACCGACUCCGACGACGCCUCGGCCGCCGACCGCGAGGUGUACCGGGUGCUGCUGGAGCUCCUCGCACAGAUGGACGGCUUCGACCAGUGCCCCGACGUGCGGGUGAUCAUGGCGACCAACCGCCCCGAAGCGCUGGACUCGGCGCUGCUGCGGCCGGGGCGGGUGGACCGCCGGGUGGAGUUCCCGCUGCCGGGGAGGGCGCAGAAGCGGCGGCUGUUCCAGGCGUGCACGGCGAAGAUGAGCCUGGACGGCGGCGUCGACCUGGAGGACCUGGUGGCCCGGCACGAGGAGAUGAGCGCCGCGGACAUCGACGCCGUGUGCCGCGAGGCUGGCAUGCGGGCCGUGCGCGACCGCCGGUGCGUGGUGACGCGCGAGGACUUCGAGGAGGGGUACCACGCCGUCGCCAAGCAUAUCGACCGCGGCGCUGACCAGUUCGCGUUCUACAGCUUAUAG